AUGCCUCCGUUAGACACCGGCGAUCCCAAUAUCGUCGUAAUCAACUACGAAUCAGGCAACCUGCGCAGCGUCGCCCGGGCCGUGGAGAAAGCGGGCGUGGUGCCGUGUGUGACGUCAGACCCGGCCAUGCUGGAUUCGGCCGACGCCGUGAUAUUGCCGGGUGUGGGCUCGGGCCCGGCGGCAAUGUCAGCGCUGAAUGCCCGUGGCUUGGUGGAACCGUUGCUCGGGUAUAUUGCCAGCGGGCGGCCUUUUUUGGGGGUUUGCCUCGGUUUGCAGUUGUUGCUGGAAGCCACCGAUGAAGGCGACGCCGACUGCAUUGGCCUGGUUCCGGGACGGGUCAGGCGACUGCCGGACGGAAUGAAGGUGCCGCAUAUGGGCUGGAACACUGUGCGCUUUCAGACCGAGCAUCCGCUAUGGGCCGGCAUCCCGCAGGACAGCCACUUCUACUUCGUGCACAGCUACUACGCCGACCCGACCCAACGCGAUAACGUAGCCGGUGUUACCGAAUAUGGCGUGCCGUUUUGCAGCGUUUACGCCCGCGACAACGUGGUGGCGACCCAAUUCCAUCCGGAAAAGAGCGGCGUGAACGGCCUACGCAUCUACGCCAAUUUCGUCAGUCAAGCCGCGCGCGUUAGCGGUUAG